AUGCCGAACAUUCCACUUGGGGGGGAUAGCCCUCCUGGUGAAAGCUAUCGAAAGUCCAGCGACCCGGGCAAGAAGCGAGUGUCUAUGGCAUGCUUGGCCUGUAAAAAGUCCAAACGAAAGUGCUCCGGCACCGCCCCGUGUGAUAACUGUCGGACCUUCAAUCGGCAAUGUGUCUUCGAUGAGACAUUGGAUCAACGUCGCCGCGUGGCGGCCAAACGCACGGCCGAUGAGCUCAGUUAUCAUCGAGACAUGCUCAAUGACAUGCUCAAAGUGAUGAAGGCGGAAAACCAGUCCUAUGCCCUCCGGCUGUUGGAGAUCGUCCGGAACGAUGCCACAGCGGAGGAGAUCCGCUCUUUCGUUGACGAGACGCUCGCUCAUUUUGUAGAUACGGACAGGGAUUCUGCUUCGACUUUCCAGAAACUGGAAGAGGUGCGACGGGUCAUCGAUACCGAAGGCGCUGGACCAUCGUUUCGCCCAAAGGUCAUGGAUAUCCAUUACCUGUGCGACGAAGUGCCAAUUCGGGUCCCUGCGCAGCCGUGGACUACGGUCACCGAGGACUCUGAUCUUGUAUCGCAUCUGGUGUCCCUGUACUUUACGUGGGACUAUCCUUUCCAUGCCUUCUUGGACCGGGACGUGUUCUUGACCCAUAUGACCUUGGGUGAUACCAGCUCGAAGUUCUGCAGUCCUUUUCUUGUCAAUGCUCUUCUCGCCAAUGCUUGCUACUUUUCGGAUUAUUCCGAAGCAUAUGUCGACCCGGGCGACAUUGUGACAAAGGGCGCUGAUUUCCUCGCCGAAGCGGAACGUUUGAAGGAGGAGGAACCUGCUAAGCUUAGUCUAGCGUACUUACAGGGGACGCUUCUGCUUUUUGAGAAGUACUCCCUCUCCGGGGAUAAUGAUCUUGGAUACAAGAUGCUCCACCAAGCGAUAUGGACCGGCGAAUCGCUAGGGCUUAUUGGACCCAGGAUCUUUCGAAUGGAACCUGGACACAUGCCGGAAGAUAUGGACAUAUCUGUCAAGCGAACAGCCUGGGGUCUGUUCCAUAUUGAUACAGUCAUCCACACCGAUUUCCUGAGGCCAAGCUUAAUCGACAAGGUGAACGUAACUCGGCCCAACCAAGUGGAGGAUUCGGCCCUGUGGAUACCAUACCCUUCCCACCGAUCUGCACGGCUUGCCUAUAUCAGUCAAUACUUCGACGAGUCGUGUGACCUUUGCGAAAUCGCGCGCGACAUAUCUCGACAACUUUUCACCGUGAACGGGACCUCAUCCUCGGCGGAACACCAGCGUCGAAUCAAGGAGACCUUGUAUGAGAGACUUUGUCGUUGGCAUGAUUCACUGCCGGCCAUCUUCGACCCCGAGUAUAGACCUCCGCCGUAUAUUAUUCUGCUCAGAAUGCGGUAUUACACAUUGAUCAUCACCAUGUUUUCCUUCACGCCAAAAGAGGACGUCUCACGGUUCGAGUCAGAGGCGCCCCAAACGCCCGAAAGUCCGCCCGGCCUGAAUUUGUUCCCCAAGUAUAAUGCCAAUGAUAUUGUUCAGUCUGCGGCACGGACUAUCUCUGGUCUUGCCCUUUUGCACCGGCGAGAAUUCGGGAUGACCCGCGCACAUCAAUUUGCACUGUAUGCCAUUAAUCUCGCUUUGUUUACGAUGCUCGUACAUGAUACCUUCGACAUUCUAGAUCCGGAUUUUCUUUCGCUGGCCAGCUCCUUCCACACCAUAGCCAGCCGCUCUCGCCUGGGUAGGAAUCUGUUCUACCUUUUCCGAGAGACCACGCGCUCCCGGGACCAGAAUAAGCGACUGCAAGAUUCCCAUGCCGUGACCGCAGAGUUGAAAGCGUUGUUUGAAAUGACACCCAACUCUCAUUUUACCGCCCUGGAUGACUACGCCAGAGGACUGGAAAAAUUGGAAGCGGACGAGCGCUACCGUGGAAUGCCCGACGACGUGGACCAUAGCAUCUCUAGCAUGCUCGACCGUUAUGAAAGUCUAAGUCUAGGAAAAGAUGAAAUCGCGCCCGAGAGACUGCAUCCAGGCGACUAA